CCCGACGGCUCCACCGUCGCCCUCGGCCCCCUCCUCGCCGGCAUCGAGGUUGGCCUCAAGCGGGCAGCAGGGUGGACACCCCCCACCUUCGAGCCACCCAUCGAUGCCCUCUACGCCGUCACCAUCACCGAGGCUUUGGGGACGUCCUUCCUCCUGGCUCGUGACGGUGAUGGUAACCGAACCACGCUGGGACCCAGCGGUUGUUGGGAUGACGUGGACGACCCCCAAAACUACACCCUGAUGGGACCCCCAUCACCCAUCCCUGAUGCCAUCGCCAACGGGGCGAUGGAUGGGGGGCUCUUGGGUGCCCGCCUGGCCCAAGCACCCAUCCCGCUCGCCGAUCUUCUCCGGGGCUACUAUGGGAUAGGCAACGGCACGGAGAAGGGGAGACCACCCAGCAGCUACCGACGGCGAGAUUUUGGGGUGCUGACGGGGCCGGGGAAGCUGGAGGAGCAGGUGGCGGCGAUGCUGAGGGUGCUGCGGGUGCUGCCACCCACCCAGGAGCUCUUGGAGGACAUGGGGACAGAGGAGAUGGCGGCCAUCGCUCGCCAAGCAGCACGGGACUUCACGGAAGUCUACGUAGACUGCCCGGCCAUCGUGCCCCGGUGCAUGUGGGGUGCCCGUCCCUACCGCGGCACCCCCAGACCGUUGACCCUCCCCUUGGGCUCCGUCUACAUCCACCACACCUCCACACCCAGCGCCCCGUGCCGCACCUUCAGCGCCUGCGCCCGUGACAUGCGCGCCAUGCAGCGCUUCCACCAGGACACCCGCGGUUGGGAUGACAUCGGCUACAGCUUCGUGGUGGGGUCGGAUGGAUACCUGUACCAAGGUCGAGGUUGGUACUGGGUUGGGGCCCACACCAGAGGCUACAACAGCAAAGGCUACGGCGUGGGCUACGUUGGAGACUUCUCGGCCACCUUGCCGGACCCUGACACCAUCGCCCUGGUACGGGAUGGGCUCCUGCCCUGCGCCGUGCGGACCGGCCGGCUCCACCGCAACUACACCCUACGUGGCCACCGCCAGAUGGGUCACACCGACUGCCCCGGCAACUCCCUCUUCCGUGAGAUUGAGACCUGGUAUGGCUUCAAGGUGAGCAUCAAGAUCUGUGGCAUCUCCAGGGGUUGGAGGUUUGGUGUCUGGCUGAGGUGUCUGGUCCAGUCCGGCAUAGCCGAGAGGAUGGGGGUUUGGUGA